AGCUGGGGCUAAGCUUACUAUGCCACUCCGCUGACCGCGACCACAGAGUGGACUGAAACCGGGAGAUCGCCUCACUGAGUUAAAUUCUGUAACCCGGGGAACACCACUUCCGCCGACGUCAUCACGGCGACACGUGGAUCCAAGAUGGCGGUGGCGAUGGAUUGGUUGCCGUGGUCCUUGCUGCUUCUCUCGCUCAUGUGUGAAACAAGCGCCUUCUAUGUUCCUGGGGUUGCACCAAUCAACUUCCAUCAGAAUGAUCCUGUAGAAAUCAAGGCUGUGAAGCUUACCAGCUCUCGAACCCAACUCCCUUAUGAAUACUACUCAUUGCCCUUCUGCCAGCCCAGCAAAAUAACCUACAAGGCAGAGAAUCUGGGAGAGGUGCUGAGAGGGGACCGGAUUGUCAACACCCCUUUCCAGGUUCUCAUGAACAGUGAGAAGAAGUGUGAAGUUCUGUGCAGCCAGUCCAACAAGCCAGUGACCCUGACAGUGGAGCAGAGCCGUCUUGUGGCCGAGCGCAUCACUGAGGACUACUACGUCCACCUCAUUGCUGACAACCUGCCUGUGGCCACCCGGCUGGAGCUCUACUCCAACCGUGACAACGAUGACAAGAAGAAGGAAAAAGAUGUGCAGUUUGAACAUGGCUACCGGCUCGGCUUCACGGAUGUCAACAAGAUCUACCUGCACAAUCACCUCUCAUUCAUCCUUUACUACCACCGGGAGGACAUGGAAGAGGACCAGGAGCACACAUACCGUGUCGUCCGCUUCGAGGUGAUUCCCCAGAGCAUCAGGCUGGAGGACCUCAAAGCAGACGAGAAGAGCUCAUGCACCCUGCCCGAAGGCACCAACUCUUCACCCCAGGAAAUCGAUCCCACCAAGGAGAAUCAGCUGCACUUCACCUACUCUGUACACUGGGAGGAAAGUGACAUCAAAUGGGCCUCUCGCUGGGACACUUACCUGACCAUGAGUGACGUGCAGAUCCACUGGUUUUCUAUCAUUAACUCUGUUGUGGUGGUCUUCUUCCUGUCAGGUAUCCUCAGCAUGAUUAUCAUUCGGACCCUCCGGAAGGACAUCGCCAACUAUAACAAGGAGGAUGACAUUGAAGACACCAUGGAGGAGUCUGGGUGGAAGUUGGUGCACGGUGAUGUCUUCAGGCCUCCCCAGUACCCCAUGAUCCUCAGCUCCCUGUUGGGCUCAGGCAUUCAGCUCUUCUGUAUGAUUCUCAUCGUCAUCUUUGUGGCCAUGCUCGGGAUGCUGUCACCCUCCAGCCGGGGAGCUCUCAUGACCACAGCCUGCUUCCUCUUCAUGUUCAUGGGGGUGUUUGGCGGAUUUUCUGCCGGCCGUCUCUACCGCACGCUCAAAGGCCAUCGGUGGAAGAAGGGAGCCUUUUGUACAGCGACACUGUACCCUGGCGUGGUGUUUGGCAUCUGCUUUAUAUUGAAUUGCUUCAUCUGGGGAAAGCACUCAUCGGGAGCGGUGCCCUUCCCCACUAUGGUGGCUCUGCUGUGCAUGUGGUUCGGGAUCUCCCUGCCGCUCGUCUACUUGGGCUACUACUUCGGCUUCCGCAAGCAGCCAUAUGACAACCCUGUGCGCACCAACCAGAUCCCCCGGCAGAUCCCUGAACAGCGGUGGUACAUGAACCGAUUUGUGGGCAUCCUCAUGGCUGGAAUCCUGCCCUUUGGCGCCAUGUUCAUCGAGCUCUUCUUCAUCUUCAGUGCAAUCUGGGAGAAUCAAUUCUAUUAUCUUUUUGGUUUCCUGUUCCUUGUUUUCAUCAUCCUGGUGGUGUCCUGUUCACAAAUCAGCAUCGUCAUGGUGUACUUCCAGCUGUGUGCAGAGGAUUACCGCUGGUGGUGGAGGAAUUUCCUAGUCUCCGGGGGAUCCGCGUUCUACGUUCUGGUCUAUGCCAUCUUUUAUUUUGUAAACAAGCUGGACAUCGUUGAGUUCAUCCCCUCUCUCCUGUACUUUGGAUACACGGCCCUCAUGGUUCUCUCCUUCUGGCUGCUCACGGGCACCAUCGGCUUCUAUGCAGCCUACAUGUUUGUCCGCAAGAUCUACGCUGCCGUGAAGAUAGACUGAUGGGGUGGACCGUGGCCAGGCCCGCUUCGUCCUUGGACAGGAGGCCACCCUGCGUGGGGGACUGCAGGCACACAAAAUAAAGUAACUCCUGCUCAUUUGGAAUGUACCUCCUGGCACGGUGUUCCUGGAUCCCGGGCUGUGUGGGGGCGGGAGGGCCUGUAGAUAAAUCUUGCAUUUUCUUCAUCUUAUUCCAGUUCUGUGGGGGAUGAGUUUUUCUGGAUUGUUUUUUCAUCAGUGCUAAGAAAGUUCCCUCCAACAGGAACUCUCUGACCUGUUUAUUCAGGUUUAUUUUCGGUUUGGGUUUUUUUCCCCCUUAGUUUUUUAAACAAAUGGAUCCAAGAUGGAUAAAUCCACGGAGAUAGUGGGUUCUGGUCAGUGUCUCCAUCUCAGUUCCUCAGAGCUGCUGGCAACUCCGUGACUAACUGGAAGAGGAAACACUGGGCCCUCAGUGAGGGCUUUGAGUCUCUUGCCGCUCAUCUUCACCCGUGAUGCCACCACCAAGCACAGCUCUAGCCUGGACAGCGCCCCAGUGCCAUCGGCCUCUGCCAGCCCCUCUUGCUCCCGCUUCUCUCCUCCCCAGCCUCCUUCCAGGGCUACCCACGGCCAGGUUCCAGCCAGACCUCUGGGUCCUCUCACCAGGAACAUGAGCAAGUCUUGGCUGCUACAAGGAAACCCCCGGAAGUACAGGGGCCAGGUUCCCCGAGACAGCAGGAGCCACCUCUGUUCAGAGCGGCUGGAGUUUGCUGGACCAACAAGGACGAAGAGAAGAGACCUGCAACAAACGGAUUGUGUGCCAAGAAACCGGACCUGGGGCCAUGUAUUUCUAGAGCCAAGUGUCCAUGGGGCUAUGUCCGGGAAGGUUUGCUCCCCAGCUCUUUCCAGUGUGCUAGUGGUGGACCCUCUUCUCCCCCACUUCAGGGCAGAGCAUGGAGGCCCAGAGACCUCAGGUCCUCUGCUUUGGGUGGCUGGGCCGAGGCACUCUCUCCCUAACAUCUCCCGGCCUCGAUGUUCACACUCAGUUCUUUCAGACAGACCCAUCCCCUCCGCCUGAUUUCCUGGCUCCUCAUUUUUGGGAUACCCAGAAAACCCCUUUUGAGAAGGAAGGUGGAAGGUAAGUUCUGUCAUUCCUUCCCCUGGUCCCGGGAGUGGACAAGAAGCCCAGGGUCCCCAAGUUAGAAAGAAGGGGCUCGGUGGCUGACCUGGCUCCUCCAUACAUUCCCGGUCCUCCCAUCUCCCAUCACUCCCUGCGCAUGGCAGACAUUUGUUCCUAAGUUGUAAGAGACCAAAUCACCCUGGGAUUAGGCCCCAGUUCCAGCCACUCACCCUGCUCCAGGCCUUGUGGGACUUGCACCAGGAGACAAAGCUCAGAAUGCUGGUUAUCUAGGAACACACCUCUGCCCCUCUCUCCCACACUCCCAGCGGCCUCCCAGGCCGCAUCAGUCAAGCCAGUCAACUUCUCGAUCUUGCCUCACAGUAACUGCAGCGCCAAGUGGUGGCCCCGGAAUCAGGUUGGAGAAAAGGAACCUAAGAGUAGAGAAUGAUAUUGGAAUAUUUUGUUCAUUAAAAUUUUUUAUUCUUUUUUUUUCCCCUAAGAGAUUUCUGUUUUGGGGGUGGGGGGCAGGGAGGAAUGAACUCUUCCUAAAGGUUUCAAACAUCGUCGAUUUUUCUGACUUUUUAAAUCAUCAUCAUUAUUAUUUUUAACUAAAAAAAAAAUGCCUGUAUGCCUUUUUUUGGUCCAGUUGUAAAUAAAAAUGCCAUUGUCCUGUU